CGCGCGCUCCGCUCCCCGCAGCUCCCGGGACCCGCAGCCAUGGCCGACAUCAAGACGGGCAUCUUCGCCAAGAACGUCCAGAAGCGACUCAACCGCGCGCAGGAAAAGGUCCUCCAGAAGCUGGGGAAAGCCGAUGAGACAAAGGACGAACAGUUCGAAGAAUAUGUCCAGAAUUUCAAGCGGCAAGAAGCGGAGGGUACCAGACUUCAGCGAGAACUCCGAGGAUAUUUAGCAGCAAUCAAAGGCAUGCAAGAGGCCUCAAUGAAGCUCACCGAGUCACUGCACGAAGUCUAUGAGCCGGAUUGGUAUGGGCGGGAAGAUGUGAAAAUGGUUGGCGAGAAAUGUGAUGUACUGUGGGAAGACUUCCAUCAAAAACUAGUGGAUGGGUCCUUGCUGACACUGGAUACCUACCUGGGCCAAUUUCCUGACAUAAAGAACCGCAUUGCCAAGCGCAGUAGGAAGCUGGUGGACUACGACAGCGCCCGCCACCAUCUGGAAGCACUGCAGAGCUCCAAGAGAAAGGAUGAGGGUCGGAUCUCUAAGGCAGAAGAGGAAUUUCAGAAAGCACAGAAAGUAUUUGAAGAGUUUAACGUUGACUUACAAGAAGAGUUACCAUCAUUAUGGUCAAGACGAGUUGGAUUUUACGUCAAUACUUUCAAAAACGUUUCCAGCCUUGAAGCCAAGUUUCAUAAGGAAAUUGCAGUGCUUUGCCACAAACUGUAUGAAGUGAUGACGAAACUGGGCGACCAGCACGCCGACAAGGCCUUCACCAUUCAAGGAGCUCCCAGUGAUUCGGGUCCUCUCCGCAUUGCAAAGACACCGUCGCCGCCCGAGGAGCCCUCUCCCCUCCCGAGCCCGACAGCUAGUCCGAAUCACACACUGGCACCCGCGUCUCCUGCGCCCGCACGGCCUAGGUCACCUUCGCAGACAAGGAAAGGGCCUCCCGUUCCACCUCUGCCUAAAGUCACCCCAACAAAGGAACUGCAGCAGGAGAACAUCAUCAGUUUCUUUGAGGAUAACUUUGUUCCAGAAAUCAGCGUGACUACACCUUCCCAGAAUGAAGUCCCUGAGGUGAAGAAAGAGGAGACUUUGCUGGAUCUGGACUUUGACCCCUUCAAGCCUGAGGUAGCACCUGUGGGUUCUGCCGGCGUGACCCACUCGCCCAUGUCUCAGACAUUGCCCUGGGAUCUAUGGACGACAAGCACUGAUUUAGUACAACCGGCUUCUGGUGGUUCAUUUAAUGGAUUCACCCAGCCCCAGGACACUUCAUUAUUCACCGUGCAGGCAGACCAGAGCAUGGUCAGCAACUUGGUUGAAUCUGAACAGGCUCCACCCACAGAGCUGAAAGCAGAGGAGCCCCCGGCCGCUGCCACCCCUGCUGUUGGGCUGGACCUCGGACUGGACACUCGGGCUGAGGAGCCGGUGGAGGAGGCAGGGAUCGUCCCUGGAACUGAAGCUGAUGUGGUGGCCGAGGGGGUCCCCGUGGAGGAAGCAGAGGCAGAGAAGGCAGCUCUCCCUGCAGGAGAGGGAGGAAGUUUAGAGGAGGCCAAAGGUGAAACUGAAACCACUGAGGCUCUAGAGGGUGACAGACCUCAACCAGAGGAGCCAGAGGCAGCAGUGCCUCAGGAGAAGGUCAUCCCUUCUGUCGUCAUAGAACCUGCCUCCAACCACGAAGGGGAGGGAGAACAAGAAAUACCCACAGGUGCAGAGCCCAAGGUGGCCACUGAAGACGUGGCUGCUUCGGGGCCCAGCAGCGAGGCGCCGGACCUGGCCGCAGAGCAGAAGCCCCUGGAGGACGCUCAGCCCGCACCUUCCGCACCAGCCCCGGGAGCCGCUGACCAGUUAGCCUCUGCAAGGGAGGCCGCUCAGGAAUUGCCUCCAGGCUUCCUCUACAAGGUGGAAACACUGCAUGAUUUUGAGGCAGCAAAUUCUGAUGAACUUACCUUACAAAGAGGUGACGUGGUGCUGGUGGUUCCCUCUGAUUCGGAAGCUGACCAGGAUGCAGGCUGGCUGGUGGGAGUGAAGGAAUCAGACUGGCUUCAGUACAAGGACCUCACCACCUACAAAGGCCUCUUUCCAGAGAACUUCACCCGGCGCCUGGAUUAGGGCAACAAGUAUUGCAGAAAGAGUUCAGUGAUCGGGAUUUUAAACCUCUGUGAUAAUCUGAAGAGUUCGCUUUUGCAGUUAAGCUCUUAAUGAUUUACAGACUGAUGCCAGGCAAAGUUCGGGAACAUGUAUCAGUGGAGCAUGUGUGCAAAAACGAUAAGAGGAAAAAAAAGUAAAUUAAGGAAAAAGUCCUCACUCGUUCCCAUGUUGUCAAUAACAGGUUUGUUUGUGCUUUGUCCAAGCUGUGGGGACACGUGCACUUGAUCCCCUCCCACCAAUUCUACAGUAGUUCUCUGCAGACCACACCUUCACCUCUCUGCACCAGGCCUGUGGUAUUGAGUGGCUGCCCUGCAGAAGACGUGAUGAAUUAUCCUGUAGUGCCAGAUUAUUUUAUUCCCACGCCCAGGUGUGAGCACGUGCGCUCUCUCUCCCUUUCAAGUUUACUGUGUUUAUAACUAAACUGCUGCAAAACUUCUCCAUGUUCUUUUCCAACACAUCUAUCUAUCUAUGUAUAUAUAUGGACAGACAGUCACACAAGCUAGUGCCCAUGACUGCUGGAUCUAUGUGUAUGUAGAAGGCUACAUAUACAUAGUUGCUUUCUUUCCUUUCCAUUGCAGCUCUUUGCCUCUCAAGCGUCAUUGAUACACGCAUUGCUUUUAUUCUGUCUGGCAUUACAGUUGCAGUUUUGCCUCAGGGCAAAACCAACCAUCCCAUUGCCAAAAGAGUAGACAGUAUCUGUGUUUGCACUGUGCAGUUUUCAGGAUGAGAUGACAAAUAGCACGGCCACGCUGCUGCCCCUUCAGAGCAAGCAGGGCCUGACUGUCUGGCUGUCCAGCCGCUGUGGCUGGAGGCAGGACAGCUGGGAUGGGCAGCUAAGUAGUCUUCACUUCUGCCUUUAUGAUUCUGGCUAUAAGAUGGGGCAUAUUAACCCACACCCAAAAGAACACUAUGAAAACAGGUCCUAGACAUUUCCACCUCUUCAUAUUUAUGCAACCCAUCUUCACAGAUUGUCCUAAAAAGAGAUAGGUGAUGUAUGCUGUAUCCACAACUCAUCUGUAACAGUUAUGUUUUCAGUGCUGUGUCAUUCCAAAUAAACCUUUGGUAAUCUUCAACAAUUACCCUAAUUC